UAAUAAAUAAUGAAGCAGUCAGCUCAUAAGUCAGACACAGACAGCGUUUUCUGCUUGCUGUCCUCCGGAGAACAGCAUCCGACUUCCACAAACAGGCUUCUGGGACCAGAACACAACAUUUCCAGAGACUCCCUGGCCUUCUCUCCACUCAGGAUUUAGUUUCAGGAUUGGAUUCUUUUUGAGUCUAAUCGUGUGAAGAACCUCACCGAUCAUGAAUCCUGAAUAUGAUUACCUGUUCAAGCUUCUCCUCAUCGGUGACUCUGGAGUCGGAAAGUCGUGCCUGCUGCUGCGCUUUGCAGAUGACACCUACACUGAGAGCUACAUCUCCACCAUUGGAGUUGACUUCAAAAUCAGGACCAUCGACAUGGAUGGGAAGACUGUGAAGCUGCAGAUUUGGGACACUGCAGGUCAAGAGAGGUUUCGAACAAUCACCUCCAGCUACUACAGAGGAGCACACGGCAUCAUCAUUGUUUAUGAUGUAACCGAACAGGAGUCCUUCAACAAUGUGAAGCAGUGGCUGGACGAAAUAGAUCGGUACGCCUGCGAGAACGUCUCCAGGCUGCUGGUGGGAAACAAAUCGGACCUGGUCAGUAAGAAAGUGGUGGAUGCUGCUACGGCUCAGGAUUUGGCCUCUUCUCUGAAGAUCCCCUUCCUAGAAACCAGCGCCAAGAGCGCUGACAACGUGGAGAAGGCCUUCCUCACCAUGGCCGCCGAGAUCCACAAGCGGCUCGCCAGGGAGGGAGGCGGCAUGCCGGGGGAGUCCACACAGGCCAGAGGUCAGACCACCAAGAUCAACAGCGCCCCCGUCUGGCUCGGUGGGGACAAACAGACACAGGAGGCCAAUAACUGCUGCUGAAGAUCAAUUAGAUGAACUAAUUCCCAGAUUGUACCAGAGGCAAUUAUUGUUAUAUUUUCUGUUAAAAUUAACACCUGGAGCUGUUUGAUUAGAAAAUAUGUUUUGAACAUUAUUUAUUGUAACAAAAUGGUAUUAAUAAAAGUAAAGAUAAAUAAACAAUGAUGCUUUAUUUGUAAAGAUAAUACCUGCAACAAGUUAAACUGAAAAUCUAUCGUAGAAAGCAAUUACUAAUAAAAAUUAAUGCUUUAAAAAAAUUGGAAAGUGAUUGAAGUUGUUCAAGUUACAUUUUGUUUUAAAUAAUUUGCAAGUCAGUAGCACCUUUUACAGGUCAGAAACCACAAAGUGCUUUACAAAAUAAGACAUAAGUAGACAUAAGAACACAAUUUGCCAUCACUUCUGUAAGUUGAUUGUGUUCAACCAACUUACAGAUUGAAUACAAUGCGCCUUUGUUUAUUCCUGAAAUCAAUCAGCAUUUGUUUCAGAACUAAAACAAAAUUGUUCGGUUAUGAUAGGAAAUGAUUAGAUAACUAUAGUCUAAACCUUCAUGCAGAAAUAUUUGUAACAAAAUAAUUUACUGAAAGCAUUGAGCACUGUAUGGGGCGUGACGUAAGCAAACAAGGAUGUGUUAUUUUAAAUUGUAGCACCUACAACAAGUUAAACUGAAAAUCUAUCACAGAAAGUUACUAAUAAAAAUAAUGUAUUAAAUAAAUAGAUAGCAUGGAAGAGUAGCUUUUUUAUAAUAUUUCAACAAAACCCCACUUCAAAAAUCCUUUUUUCCUGACUCUUCAAGUGGUUGACACGCAGAAGUGAUUCCAUAUAGUGGAGACUUUGGGGAAUUUGUGUACCUGCUGUUUGGCUUAUUUUUGAUUAAAUUGUAAAAUUAAUACGUGAAUCAUUCCAUAAAUAAAAAUAAAUAAAUUUGACUGGUUUCAACAAGCAAAUACGUUGCUAACAUACUUGCAACUAAAAAGAAAAGAGUGCCUAAAUGCCUGGCUGUUGACGUUGUUUGUAUAUUUCUGUUGUGUUUGAAAAAUUAAAGCAAG